AUGGCUUCAUCACUCCAAACCAUCUUCUUUUUUGUGUCACUUAUCUUCUUCGUAGAAAUCUGUCAAGCAGAAAGAACGUUCACUGAUUUCGAAAAGGAGAUCUUGCUAAGCCAUAAUUCAGCAAGAGCAGAUGUGGGAGUACCACCACUUGUAUGGAACGACAUUUUGGCAAAAUAUGCUAGGAUUUACUCAGGGGAUAUAAAACGCAAAGGCUGCGACUUGAAUUACUCAAAUCGUUACGGUUUCGGCGAAAGUCUUUACAAGGGAACAAAUGUGACAGGUAAAGCUGCUGUUGAAGCUUGGGUUUCUCAGAAGAUCUGGUAUCACCGUGAUAAUAACACUUGCACUUCCGGUCAUGAUUGUUCUGAUUACAAACAAGUUGUUUGGAAAAAUAGCAUCCGUGUUGGUUGUUAUCGGUUUAGAUGUCAUGAUGGGGAUAACUUCGUUACUUGCGAGUAUUAUCCCCCUGGUAAUUACAAAGGAGCUAGACCUUAUUAG